AUGGGGAAAGAGCCAGGGGACCAGCCGGUGCUGUACCCGCUCCGCCCCAGGCAGCAGGGCUCGCCAGGACACAGGCCCCCGAACCCCAGGAAGCAGGACACAGGCUUCAGGUUAGGGAACGCCGGAGGCCGGGCUUGGCCCAGAGUGGAACUGACUGUAAAUAGCUCCCUGGGGUGGCCCGGCCCAGGUUACCCGGGCACCUGCCCGGAGCCGCAUUCCCCAUCCCGCACCCCGGGCGCUCCCCCGAGAUCAGCACUCAGCGGCUUCUCUCCGCAGGGCUCCUUCGGUGGCCGCUGUCCCCUGUAUGGCGUGGCGGCCUUGAACCGCCCCUCCCUGGGCUUAUCCAGGGGCUCAGCCCCCUCCCUCUGCUAUUUUGUGGCUGGGGCCUCUGGCCUCCUGGCCCUCUACUGUCUCCUGCUUCUGCUCUUCUGGGUCUACAGCAGCUGCAUCGAGGACUCCCAAAGAGGCCGGAUAGGGCUCCGCAUUGCACUGGCCAUCUCGGCUGUAGCCACCUUCCUGGUCUUAGUGUCGGCCUGUGUCCUUCGGUUUGGCACCAGUUCUCUCUGCAACUCCAUCAUCUCUCAGAACGCUACAAUUAGCUGCUCUGAAGCCCAGAAAAUUCCAUGGACACCCCCUGGAACACCGGCCGCUCUGCAUUUUUACUCCAACCUACACAAUGCUGAAAACUCUUCCUGGGUCCAUCUGGUACUGUGGUGUGUGGUCCUGGUGCUCCAGGUCGUGCAGUUGAAGUCUGAAGCCACCCCAUACCGGCUUCUGGAGAGGGGGGACCCGGAAUGGAGCUCUGAGACAGAUGUCCUGGUGGGGCCACGCCUUUCCCCUUCCUGAAGAGCGAGCAAGCUGAGCGCUUCCUGCAUCCAUUGGCUCCCGGCCCAAGUGCCUGCAGUCCUCCUGCCCCUUGGCCCUGUGAUGCUGAGCCUCAGUUCCCUCGAAGAGGGAAACAUGAAGACAGCCCCCCUCCCUCUUCUUACAGCUGUUUUUGUACCAGAAUAUUAUUAUAUGACUUCCUUCAUC